AUUCAAAUUCAAACAAAAACUUCACGUUUCGCCGUUCGGACGUCGUUUCUCGUUGCCGUUGCGGCUUGAAUUUUGCUGAAACGAAACGGCGACUCGAUUUUGGUGCUUAGUACAGGAUGUCCUGAAGCUGAUGGAUUUUAAGCAAAAGGGAAAGGUCUCGGAAAAGUGCUUCAAAAUAAUAAAUUCGAGGCGGAGAAAACGCAAAGCGGAGAACCGGAGAACGUAAACGAGAAACACCGAAAAACAGAGAACUUAAACGAGAAAACUGAAUCAAAAAAACAGCAGAAGAAGCUGAUCAGAAUCGCUGAAUAAAACAAAAUUAAAAUGCGGAGGUGAAUUACGUGAAAUAAUUCAAUUAAUUCGUUUUGCGAACAACACAACGUAAACAAAAAAAAUGGUUGUAUUUUGUUGUUACGUGAACGUUGCGUUUUUGAAUUUAUGAAUCAAGAUUUUGUUGCCUCCCGCCGCGUAUUAUUUUCUCAUUAUUUUUUUUGCCAAUUUUUUUUACUGUGUAUGUGAAGACAAAAACAACCAUAAUAAUGGUAAAAAAAAGCAACAGCAGCAACAAAAAAUAAACAACAACAGUAAACAGACUAAAAACAACGGCAGAAAGCGGCUAAAAACAACUGUGCAAUUAAAAUAAUAAUAUAUAACCAAGUAUUAUGAAAAAAUAAUACAAAUUUUGAUAAGUGUCGACGGAAAAAGUGGCUCAAUAUGAGCCAGAAAAGUAGCAGCAACGACAGCUAUAUAGCUGCUUCACAACAACAACAGCAACAAAUGAAAAUUGGAAAAGUGCAACAACACAAAUGAUGCAUAUAUGAAAUGAAAUCAAAAUAGCAAACAAAAAAAAUAAAAACCAGCCAAAAAAAUUAAAAAUUUGAAAUAAUAAUUUUUUCCUCCCCUCCAAUUGCCUGGCAAUAUCUAAUUGUUUAUAUAUAUAUAGCAUUACCAUCUUCAUAUAUAUCUAUUAUAUAUGUAAAUGUAUUAUAUAUUUGUGUAUCUGUGUGUGUGUAUUUUCGUGUGCAUUCCAUCCAUUAAUUCUAUAACUCAAUUUAUGUAAAACAAAACAAAAAUAAAUAAAAACCAAAUACAAAACAAAAAAAAAUUAAAUUGUAACCAAAAACAACCAACAAAAAAUCGCAUGUUAAACGCGUUAAAAUAAACAAAUUAACAAUAUAUACACCCGUGAAACAAACAAAAUAUUCUGAACCACAAAUCGUGCACCAAAAUGGCGGACAUCAUGCGUCCGCCGUACAGUGAGAUCAAACGGCCGGACGAAAUCGUCAGAAUGACAACCGCCGACAAUCUCAAGUUCGCCGUCCUCAUCGGCCUCAUCGAGGUUGGCCAGGUGACCAACCGGGAGGUGGUCAAUACCGUCCUGCAUUUGCUGGUCGGCGGUGAAUUCGAUAUGGAAUUGAAUUUUGUGAUACAGGAUGCGCAGAAUAUCAAACAUAUGCUGGAGCUGCUGGAUCAUUGUCCGCCCAAUUUGCAGGCGGAGAUUUGGAGCGUAUUCAUUGCCAUCCUGCGCAAAAGUGUCCGCAAUCUGCAGGCGUGCACCGAUGUCGGCCUCAUCGAGCAUGUCCUCGUCCGCCUGCAGCGCUCCGAAACGGUUGUGGCAGAUCUGCUCAUCGAGAUGCUGGGCGUGCUGGCCAGCUACAGCAUAACGGUGAAGGAGCUGAAGCUGCUCUUCGGUACAAUGAAAGCCACCAAUGGCAAGUGGCCGCGCCACUCGGCCAAGUUGCUGAACGUCCUCCGGCAGAUGCCACACCGCAAUGGACCGGACGUGUUCUUCAGCUUUCCUGGCCGCAAGGGAUCGGCCAUGGUCCUGCCGCCUUUGGCCAAGUGGCCGUACGAGAACGGAUUUACUUUCACCACCUGGUUCCGUCUGGAUCCCAUCAACUCGGUGAAUAUUGAGCGUGAGAAGCCCUACCUUUACUGCUUCAAGACAUCGAAGGGCGUGGGCUAUACGGCGCACUUUGUGGGCAACUGCCUUGUUCUCACCUCGAUGAAGGUCAAGGGCAAGGGCUUUCAGCAUUGUGUCAAAUAUGAAUUCCAGCCACGAAAGUGGUAUAUGAUUGCCAUAGUGUAUAUAUACAAUCGUUGGACGAAAAGCGAAAUCAAGUGCCUCGUUAAUGGACAGCUGGCCUCUUCAACCGAGAUGGCCUGGUUUGUUUCCACAAACGAUCCCUUUGACAAGUGCUACAUAGGAGCCACCCCCGAAUUGGAUGAGGAGCGCGUGUUCUGUGGCCAAAUGUCGGCGAUCUACCUUUUCAGCGAGGCGCUGACCACGCAGCAGAUCUGCGCGAUGCAUCGCCUGGGACCCGGUUACAAGUCGCAGUUUCGAUUCGACAACGAGUGCUAUCUGAAUCUGCCGGACAAUCACAAGCGGGUGAGUCACUUUCAACUUCUGCCAGCGACCUUGGGGGCGUCAUCACUACCGGGCGUGGGCGGUGGCGUUGGCGGUGGCAGUGGGAGUGGCACCGGGGGCGGCGAUGCAGCAGCCGCAGCGGCAGCUGUUGCCGCCGGUCAGCAACAGCAAUUGCAGUUGCAAUUCCAAACGCUGGCCGCUGAACAAGAGGCGCGUGCCAUCGAUUGGACGGAUGAGAAGCUUGAUUUGAAUGCGGCCUUUGUGAAAAUACGAGCGGUUUUAACCGCCCGCAAUGCAGUGACCUUGGCAGGCAGUAGCAAUAGCAGUAGCUCUACUGCAGUAGCCACCGCAGCAACAACAGCAGCCGGAGGAACAUCUCCCGCAGCAACAUCAUCGGCGUUGCCAGCAGCAGCGGCGACACAAAACGACAAUGAUGCCGUCGCACUACAGCAGCAACAUGCAACAACAGCGUCGUCUGGCAAUGCGGACGAUCCGCUCGGCCAUUUGCCCACUGGAAAUGCUUCUUCUUUUGAGCAACUGCGUCGAAUGUCCAGUGUGAGCAGCUUGAACUCAAUGGUCGGAACCGCCGACACUGAGGAGGUCAACCAGCUGAAAGCUGUGCUGUACGAUGGCAAACUAUCGAAUGCCAUCGUGUUCAUGUACAAUCCAGUGGCCACCGAUGGUCAGUUGUGUCUGCAGUCGUCGCCCAAGGGAAAUGUUUCAUAUUUCGUGCACACACCGCAUGCGCUGAUGCUGCAGGAUGUAAAGGCCGUGGUCACGCACUCGAUACACUGCACCCUUAACUCGAUUGGCGGCAUCCAGGUGCUAUUCCCGCUCUUCUCCCAGCUAGACAUGGCCCACGAGGGCCUGGGUGACAUCAAGCGGGAUCCCACGCUGUGCUCUAAGUUGCUGGGCUUUAUCUGUGAACUGGUGGAAACAUCGCAGACGGUGCAGCAGCACAUGAUCCAGAACCGUGGCUUCCUGGUCAUCUCGUUCAUGCUGCAGCGCUCCUCCCGCGAACACCUGACCCUCGAGGUCCUUGGAUCCUUCCUGAACCUCACCAAAUAUCUGGUCACCUGCCUGUCGGCCAAUAGCGAUCUGCUACUCAAGCAGUUGUUCUGUUUCUCGUUUCUCACGUGGCAGCUGCUGGACCACGUCCUCUUCAACCCAGCCCUGUGGAUAUAUACGCCCGCGAAUGUCCAGGCGCGGCUCUACUCCUACUUGGCCACCGAGUUCCUCUCGGACACACAGAUCUACAGCAAUGUGAGGAGGGUCAGCACGGUCCUGCAGACGGUGCACACCCUCAAGUACUACUACUGGGUGGUCAAUCCAAGGGCCAAGAGCGGCAUCAUUCCCAAGGGACUGGAUGGACCUCGCCCGGCCCAAAAGGACAUCCUGGCCAUCCGAGCCUACAUCCUGCUGUUCCUUAAGCAGCUCAUCAUGAUCGGAAAUGGCGUGAAGGAGGAUGAACUGCAGAGCAUACUCAACUAUCUGACCACCAUGCACGAGGACGAGAAUCUGCACGACGUGCUGCAGAUGCUCAUCUCGCUGAUGUCGGAGCAUCCCAGCUCCAUGGUACCUGCCUUUGAUGUGAAGCACGGCGUGCGCAGCAUCUUCAAGUUGCUGGCGGCCGAAAGUCAGUUGAUCCGUCUGCAGGCCCUCAAAUUGCUGGGCUUCUUCCUUUCGCGCAGCACCCACAAACGCAAAUACGAUGUGAUGUCACCUCACAAUCUGUACACACUGCUGGCGGAGCGGUUACUCCUCUACGAGGAGUCACUCUCCCUGCCCACAUACAAUGUUCUCUACGAGAUCAUGACGGAGCACAUUUCGCAGCAGAUCCUGUACACAAGGCACCCGGAACCGGAGAGUCACUACCGCCUGGAGAAUCCAAUGAUCCUCAAGGUGGUGGCCACCCUGAUCCGGCAGUCCAAGCAGACGGAGUCCCUGAUCGACGUGAAGAAGCUGUUCCUGCAGGACAUGACGCUGCUGUGCAACAGCAAUCGGGAGAAUCGGCGCACCGUGCUCCAGAUGUCCGUGUGGCAGGAGUGGCUGAUUGCGAUGGCCUACAUCCAUCCGAAGAGCAGCGAGGAGCAGAAGAUUAGCGACAUGGUGUACUCGCUGUUCCGAAUGCUGCUGCAUCAUGCCAUCAAGCAUGAGUAUGGCGGCUGGAGGGUUUGGGUAGACACCCUCGCCAUCGUCCACUCGAAGGUGUCGUACGAGGAGUUCAAGCUGCAAUUCGCCCAAAUGUACGAACACUACGAACGCCAGCGAACGGAUAACAUCACCGAUCCUGCCCUGCGUCAGGCCAGACCCAUAAGUACGAUCAGUGGUUGGGAGCGGGAGGAGCUGCAUCAGCAGCAGAACGGUGGAGCAGCUGCUGCAGUGGCCCCAAAUCAAGCAGCAGCAGCAACGGUAGCAGUCAAGGCUGCCGUAUCCAUUGCCUCCCUGGAGGAUGUGCCUCCGGUGGUCGAAGAGGAAGUGGAGGAGCUGGAACUGGAGGAGGUGGACAUCCAAGAGGGUCCAAUAAUCGAGCCCGAAGCCGCCGAACCCAACAAAUCCGUGAUAGCCAACAUUUCUGAUGUGUACAACGAGCAGAUCAAAACCGAUGCCACCUGCAAUGGCAAUGGCAAUGGCAAUGCCAAUCUGGAGGAGGUCAAAGAGGAAAAUCCGGCGGCCGGGGAGCGAGUUGAAGAAGUGGCGGAGAAGCCAGCGGACGCAUCUCCGCUGGGAGCACUUCGGGAAACCCUUCAGCUGGGCGAUGACAUGGAUGUGGAAGAGCUCGAACUGGCCACUGCCAAGGAUGCCCUCAAUGCGGAGCAGCAUGUGGCUCGAGUUCUUCAGGCGUCCGAAGCGGCGCUCAACGAUUGCAAAAUGGCCGUCGAUGAUGUCCUUCAGGAAGCAUCGUCCGUUCUCAAGGACGAGGAGAUCGAAUUGGCCGUCAACGAAGUGGUCCAGGGUGUCCUGAACAACGAGAAGAAAUCGCAAGCGGACAAGGAUAAGGAUAAGGAUAACAAGGAACAUCAGCCAGACGGGCAGGAUGUGAAUGUUAGCCUGCUGAACAGCAAGAAUUUGCUCAACAAUAAUAAUAUUAACAAUAAUAAUAGUCCGAGUCCCACGCCCACAACGGCAACGCCGGAAACGCAAGCGGAAACGGAAACGGAAAAGGAAAAGGAGGUCAAUGCCAAUGAGAUCGUGGCGCCCAAGGAGCAGAACACAAAAACAAAAACAGAUACAGAUACAGAAACCGAAACGGAAACGAAAACAAAAACGGCCGCUGCGGAAGUGGAAACGCCGGAAGCGGUCAAGCCAUGCCCAUUAGUCCCCAGCCCCGUAGUAACAACCAAUCAAAAGACUGAAGACGCAGCCAACAAGCUGAACAACAACGAGAAGCUGGCCGAGAUCAGCGCGAGUCCCGAGCCCAUCGUUGUGGUGGAAACGCCAGAAGCCGAUCUUCUUCAGCUCUCGGACACCGAAUUCAAGCCGGAAGAAGCGGUGACGGUGAUGGAAACGGAACCGGAAACGGUAACAAAAACGGAAACAAAAACGGAAGCAGAGGAUCCGGUGGCGUUGGCCGUAAGGGAUAUUGUCGAGCAACUCAUCGACAAGGUGAUCGAUGCCACGGAAGCGGAAACGGCCAGCGAAACCAAAACGGAGACCAAUAACAAUGAGCUACCCAAAGGUGACAAGUCGACAUCACAGUCCGAAGAAGUGGAAACCGCAGAGAGUUUGGCUGUUGCCGCCGCCGAAGAAAUUGUCCAGGAAGUGGUGGAAGCAGCACUCGUUUUGGCUCAAGAGGAGAGUACUCCAGAAAAGCAAGCUAAAUCCCACGAACAGAAGAAGGAAAUGGCAAAGGAAGAGAAUUUGCCAGAUGUUAGUGAGGAUCGGGAAGUCAAAGUGUCCGAAGCACCCAAGUCCCAAGAUCUUCACGAAUCAAAAUCCCAGAAUCUUGGGGAACCUAAAACCAAGGAACCUGAAGUUUCCAACGCACUGGAAAUCCCCCAAGAACUAGUCCAGAAACAAGAGGAUCAUGUGGCGACCAUUGUCAAUCAAGUUCUCGACACUCUGGUGGAUGAAACAGUCAAGGCCGUGGCCGCCGAACAAACCACCCAGACAUCACCCGCUCCCGAGCAGCAAUCGCCACGGAUCCUGGCCAAGGAGACAUCUGUGACACCGGUGCGUGUGAAGCCCACGGAAGUGGACUCCACCACCCAGACCACGCCGAAAAACGAGGCGGGCUCCAAUCCCAUGGUUGAGGAGGUGGUGCAGCAGGUUAUUCAAGAGGACGAAGUGCAAAUCCAAACAUCAGGCGACCAGAUUGCCAUUGAUGAUGAGGAGUACUCCAGUCAGCAGGCUGCUGCGGGAGCCGACAAUGCCAGCCAAAUGGAGGCCAGUCAUUAUGGUCCCGGCAAUCCGGAAGCCAAGAAACAGCAACAACAACAACAACAGCAACAACAUCGCUCCAAAUCGGGAUCAACGCGACCCAUGUUUAGUCCAGGACCCACGCGUCCACCGUUCCGUAUACCGGAAUUCAAGUGGUCCUACAUCCAUCAGCGACUCCUUAGCGAUGUGCUUUUCUCACUAGAAACGGACAUUCAGGUGUGGCGCAGUCAUUCCACCAAGAGCGUCCUCGACUUUGUCAAUUCCAGCGAGAAUGCCAUCUUUGUGGUGAACACAGUGCAUCUGAUUUCGCAGCUGGCCGAUAACCUGAUCAUCGCCUGUGGAGGAUUACUGCCUCUAUUGGCCAGCGCCACGUCGCCCAAUUCCGAACUGGAUGUGUUGGAGCCCACGCAGGGCAUGCCUUUGGAGGUGGCCGUGUCCUUUCUGCAGCGUCUGGUCAACAUGGCCGACGUACUGAUCUUCGCCACCUCUCUGAACUUCGGUGAGUUGGAGGCGGAGAAGAACAUGUCCAGUGGUGGCAUCCUGCGCCAGUGCCUGCGAUUGGUGUGCACCUGUGCGGUGCGAAAUUGCUUGGAGUGCAAGGAGCGCACGCGCUAUAAUGUGGGUGCUCUGGCGAGGGAUGUCCCGGGUGCGGCGCACCUGCAGGCCCUCAUCCGCGGAGCUCAGGCAUCGCCCAAGAACAUUGUCGAGUCAAUCACCGGUCAAUUAUCGCCCGUCAAGGAUCCGGAGAAGCUGCUCCAGGACAUGGACGUCAAUCGCCUACGUGCCGUCAUCUAUCGCGAUGUGGAGGAGACAAAGCAGGCACAAUUCCUGUCGCUGGCAAUCGUCUACUUUAUAUCUGUGCUGAUGGUGUCCAAGUACCGUGAUAUUCUGGAGCCGCCGGCAGAGCCGCAGAUCCAGCGUCAAUCGCCAGUGCUGCAGCGCACGGCAGGCGGCGAAGCCGCCAGUGCGCGUCCUUUGUUUCCCCAAUGGUCGCAUCAUGUUUACCCGCAAUUCCUGCCCGAAUCGCACCAGAAUCACAGCAGCAACAUGCAACACCAGCAGCAGCAGCAACAGCAACACUACUAUCAGCAACAACAGCAACAGCAGCAGGUUGCCCACAAUCAUAGCCAUCAUCACAUGACUGCUGCUUACUACCAGCAACAGCAACAGCAUCAGCAGCAACAGCAGCAACAUCAGCAAGUUGGAGUAUCUCAGCAGCAACAUUCGCCCACUCCUUUGGCCACACAUUCAACCAGUUCUUCGGCCAGUUCUACGGCCACAUCUCAGCCAGCUUCGAGUUCCUCCCUCUCCAGCUUGGCCUCACAGAGUCAGCAGCAAUCGCAUCGUCAGUUGCACAAGCAGCAGCAACAGCAGCAACAUCAGCAGCAGCAACAACAACAUUACCAUCCACAUCAGCCGCACUACGGAUUGAUCAAUGGUCAUCAGCAGCAUCAGCAGCAUCAGCAGCUGAAUGGCAAACAUUAUACGGAAAAUGGAUCGGCAGCGGGAUAUCAUCAGCAUCCUCAUCCUCAUCCACAUCCACAUCCACAUCCGCAUGGUGGCUAUAUGCGAAAUGGCGAGUCGACGGUACAGCAGAAUGGCAUUUCCGACUAUCAGGCAGUGGGAUUGAUGAAUGGACAUGGCUCCAGUGCAACGGGCAAUAACAACAAUCCCAGCCUGAUGAACAACAUACGAAAUUUGAGGAAUGGAGCAGCAACGUCGUCAUCAUCGCCGGGAACCCAAGGUGGAAUUGCCACUACGGGAGCUGUAAAUGCAAAUGCUGCUGGUGUUGGCAUGGGUGUUGGUGUGGGCGUGAGCGUGGGCAUGGGCAUGGGCAUUGGGGGCCUGGCAGGGGGCUUGGAUGGAGGCGUGGCCUACAAGACGAGCGCCAUAAAUAAUAAUUAUCGCUACAAUGGACGCAACGCAUCCGCUGGAACAGGUGGUCGUCAAAUUCAGGAUAGUGAUUAUGAGAUAAUUGUUGUCGAUGAGAACAAUCCAUCCGUUUUGGCCGAUAAUGAUUCACAUUCCAGUGGACCCCCAUCCAUAAAGGCCAACCAGACAACAACAACAACAGCAACAACAACAACAACAACCCAUAUUAACAACAACAACACUAAGACUACAACAACAGCAAAUGUUCCAACAACAACAACAACAACAAUUAAAAUUCAACAACAACCAUUGUCACCACCCAAGCCGUUGGUGCCACAAAAAUUACCAAAGAGCGUCGACUCGGAUGUGGGCUCCCUCAACAUGAACUCCACGGAGAACGAGGUGCCCGAGGUGGAGUCAUCCAGUGAGAUCCUCAUCGAUGACCACAAGCCGAGUCACUCGAACGACGAAAGCUGGACGGAUGUGAAUCUCAACGAGGAUGCAGCCGUUCAGGCGGCCAAUGCUGGAAUGGUUGUUGGACUGGUGGACAAUGGCGGCAAUGUUAUAUCAGACAAACACGAUCCGUCGCAUCACAAUCAACAGCAACAGCAGCAUCAGCAGCAUCAGCAGCAGCAGCAGCAGCAGGCGGGGAUUAUCGGACAGCAACAUGGAUCACUUGGCCAUUCGGAGCGGGGUGAUAAACCAGAUUCGGAAAUUUCGGUUGUCCGUGUGCCCGAUGGCUAUGGCGGUGCCGGUUCUGGCGUCAAUUCUGGCCAAGGACAGGGUGUCCCGCCAAAUCAGCGUCCUCGUCCCGAGGAAUUGCCAAUGAAGGCGCCCGCUUUGGUGGCCCAACUACCGCUGACAACGCCGUCGCGGGAAGCAAGUCUCACCCAGAAACUGGAGAUUGCAUUGGGACCGGUGUGUCCUCUGCUCCGUGAAAUCAUGGUGGAUUUCGCACCCUUCCUGUCCAAAACUCUCGUUGGCUCCCACGGACAGGAGCUACUGAUGGAGGGCAAGGGUCUGACGACCUUCAAGAACUCGCAUUCCGUGGUGGAACUGGUCAUGUUGCUCUGCUCGCAGGAAUGGCAAAACAGUCUGCAAAAGCACGCUGGCCUGGCCUUCAUCGAGUUGAUCAACGAGGGUCGCCUGCUGUCGCAUGCCAUGAAGGACCACAUUGUGAGGGUGGCCAAUGAGGCGGAGUUCAUCCUCAACCGAAUGCGAGCCGACGAUGUCCUCAAGCAUGCCGACUUUGAAUCGCAGUGUGCCCAAACGCUCUUGGAGCGAAGGGAGGAGGAGCGAAUGUGUGACCAUUUGAUAACAGCUGCGCGUCGCAGGGAUAAUGUGAUUGCAAGUCGCCUGCUGGAGAAGGUGAGAAACAUCAUGUGCAAUCGCCACGGAGCCUGGGGAGAUUCGAGUGCCAGUUCGAGUGGUGGCGCCAUUGUGGGAGCGGUGCAGAAGAGUCCGUACUGGAAACUGGAUGCCUGGGAGGACGAUGCCCGACGUCGCAAACGGAUGGUGCAGAAUCCGCGCGGCUCGUCGCAUCCGCAGGCUACGCUCAAGGCGGCUCUGGAGAACGGUGGACCCGAGGAUGCCAUACUGCAGACACGCGACGAGUUCCACACCCAAAUUGCCGUGUCGCGGGCACAUCCAUCGGGCCAGCACAAUGGUGAGCUGUUGGACGAUGCUGAGCUGUUGAUCGAGGAUCGGGAAUUGGACUUGGAUCUCACGGGUCCCGUCAACAUAAGCACCAAGGCGAGGUUGAUAGCUCCGGGACUGGUGGCACCCGGCACGGUCUCCAUAACCAGCACAGAGAUGUUCUUCGAGGUGGACGAGGAGCAUCCGGAGUUUCAAAAGAUCGAUGGUGAGGUCCUAAAGUACUGCGAUCAUUUGCACGGCAAGUGGUACUUCUCCGAGGUGAGGGCCAUCUUUUCGAGACGUUAUCUCCUGCAGAACGUGGCCCUGGAGAUCUUUCUGGCCAGCAGGACGUCCAUACUGUUUGCCUUUCCCGAUCAGCAUACGGUCAAGAAGGUGAUCAAGGCCCUGCCGCGUGUGGGUGUGGGCAUAAAGUAUGGGAUACCACAGACCCGUAGGGCCUCCAUGAUGUCACCGCGCCAACUGAUGCGCAACUCCAACAUGACCCAGAAAUGGCAGCGUCGCGAGAUCAGCAACUUUGAGUAUCUAAUGUUCCUCAAUACGAUCGCCGGUAGGACGUACAACGACCUGAACCAGUAUCCCAUCUUUCCAUGGGUGCUGACCAAUUACGAGUCCAAGGACUUGGACUUGAGCCUGCCCUCCAACUAUAGGGAUCUCUCGAAACCGAUUGGCGCAUUGAACCCCUCGCGCAGAGCCUAUUUCGAGGAGCGUUACGAGAGUUGGGACAGCGACACCAUUCCGCCCUUCCACUACGGCACUCACUAUUCCACGGCGGCCUUCACGCUCAAUUGGUUGGUGCGAGUGGAACCGUUCACCACCAUGUUCCUGGCCCUGCAGGGCGGCAAAUUCGACUAUCCGGACAGGCUGUUCAGUUCGGUGUCAUUGUCGUGGAAGAACUGCCAACGCGACACGUCGGAUGUAAAGGAACUGAUACCCGAAUGGUAUUUCCUGCCCGAGAUGUUCUACAACUCGUCGGGCUAUCGGUUGGGCCAUCGCGAGGAUGGCGCCUUGGUGGAUGACAUCGAACUGCCGCCGUGGGCCAAGAGUCCCGAGGAGUUUGUGCGCAUCAAUCGCAUGGCCUUGGAGUCGGAGUUCGUGUCCUGCCAACUGCAUCAGUGGAUCGAUCUGAUCUUUGGGUAUAAGCAGCGUGGUCCCGAGGCCAUUAGGGCCACCAAUGUGUUCUACUACUUGACGUACGAGGGCAGCGUGGAUUUGGAUGGGGUCUUGGAUCCCGUGAUGCGUGAAGCCGUUGAGAAUCAAAUUCGCAACUUUGGCCAGACGCCCAGUCAACUGCUAAUGGAACCGCAUCCGCCACGCAGUUCGGCCAUGCAUCUGUCGCCCAUGAUGUUCAGUGCAAUGCCGGAGGAUCUGUGUCAGAUGCUCAAGUUCUACCAGAACUCGCCGGUCAUUCACAUUUCGGCCAACACGUAUCCGCAGCUUUCGUUGCCGUCGGUGGUCACGGUCACGGCGGGUCACCAGUUUGCCGUGAAUCGAUGGAACUGCAGUUACACAGCCUCCGUCCAGAGUCCCAGCUACGCCGAAUCGCCCCAAUCGCCAGGCUCCAAUCAGCCACUCACCAUCGAUCCGGUUUUGGCUGUCCAUGGCACCAAUAACAAUAGCAAUGCGGUCAGCCGACGUCAUUUGGGCGACAAUUUCAGCCAGAUGCUAAAGAUUCGAUCGAACUGCUUUGUCACAACGGUGGACAGCCGGUUCUUGAUCGCCUGCGGCUUUUGGGACAACAGUUUCCGCGUUUUUGCCACCGAAACGGCGAAAAUCGUGCAGAUUGUGUUCGGUCACUUUGGAGUGGUGACGUGCAUGGCCCGUUCCGAGUGCAACAUCACCUCGGACUGCUAUAUAGCCUCCGGAUCGGCCGAUUGCACGGUGCUGCUGUGGCACUGGAAUGCCCGAACCCAGAGCAUCGUGGGUGAGGGCGAUGUGCCCACGCCACGUGCCACUUUGACGGGUCACGAGCAGGCGGUGACCUCGGUUGUGAUCAGUGCCGAAUUGGGUUUGGUUGUCUCUGGAUCGUCAAACGGACCCGUACUGAUCCACACCACUUUUGGCGACCUUCUGCGCUCACUGGAUCCACCGGCGGAGUUCCACUCCCCGGAACUGAUCACCAUGUCCCGCGAGGGCUUCAUUGUCAUCAAUUACGACAAGGGCAACGUGGCCGCCUACACCAUCAAUGGCAAGAAAUUGCGCCACGAGACGCACAACGACAAUCUACAGUGCAUGUUGCUGUCGCGUGAUGGCGAAUACCUGAUGACCGCCGGCGAUCGCGGCAUCGUGGAGGUGUGGCGCACCUUCAAUCUAGCACCACUUUAUGCCUUCCCCGCCUGCAACGCGGGCAUACGAUCUUUGGCCCUCACCCACGAUCAGAAAUACCUUCUGGCCGGACUUUCGACGGGCUCGAUCAUAGUAUUCCACAUCGACUUCAACCGCUGGCACCACGAGUACCAGCAGCGCUACUAAGUUUGGACGCUUGGACAUUCCAACAACCCACGACUCGCCAGUUAACAAAGGCCAAGAAAAUGGAAACAGUAACGGAAACGGAAACGAAAACUGAAACGGAAAUAAAAUAUGGAAACGAUCGCAAAGCAACUACGAAGUACUUAAAAAAAAAAAAUGGCAAGGAUGGAAGAUCGGUUUUUUUCUAUAUAGACCUUUACAACUCUAGGCUAGUAAGCGAAACUAUGUUUUUUUUUGUCUAGUAUUAAUUGUGCAUUAGUGUGUGUUUGGCCCAUGAAAGCCAGUCAAAAAAAAAAAAAGUAACAACAAAAAAAAAAGAGAACGGAACAGAACAGAAGAUGAAAACAUUUUUUUUACUAGUAUUAACGAAAUGUAUGUUAAGUUAUGGCAAAAUGGAGGAGGGCAAAGGCAAAAGCAAAAUUGAAACGGCAAAAAACAAGGAGAUAGCGACGGAGGAGAAGGCAAGUGAGAAAAGUUGGCGGCUUAAGUAAGUAGUUGAAAUAAGACAAAUGAAGUUAGUGUUUAUAAAACGCAAUAAGCAGUUAAUAAAUCUUAAAGUAAAUCUAAAACUAAAGCUAAUUCCACAUGCAUUAUAAUACCAACGUAGCAAAAGUUCUCAUAAAAAUUUAAACAAACAAAAAAAAAAAACAAAACGCUGCGCAACGCAAAUGAAGGGAGAAAAUAAUGAAACUAAAGCGGCCAAAAGAAAGAAAAAUGGUAGAGAAAGCAGAAAGCCAAUUUUUAAUUAUAGCGUUAGUUCUUUGUGACAAAUCCACACACACAAAUACACACUCCGAAACACAUCCCAUUUUUACACACACACACACAUAAACAAGGUAACCAAGCAAGGACAAUGCCAAGGCAAUAAAGCUGAUAAAUAGAGAAGAAAAGAGAGGGCAGAGUAAAACGGAGCAGGAAACGGAAGUGAAGCAUGAGGCGGAUACGAGAUAUUUUAGUACACACACGCAUAUGUAUUUGUAGCUGACUAACACUCAACUUAACUACAACAAAAAAACGCUAACUAAAAUCCAAACAACAACUAAAAUAUCAACGCUGCUAAGAGCCACAGAAUAUAAUAAAUAAAUAACAGCAACAAAAACAAAUAUAAAAAGGCAUUUUAUAUAUAUAAAUAAACUUACAGAUAUAUCCGCCAACGGAAGCGGAAUAUGCUAAACUUAUCCAAGCGAAUGCGGCGAUUUCGUUUUUCGUUCUCGUUUCACAAAUAUCACGCAUACGCCAUGCUGCACCGACCGCUAAUUUCGAAACGAGAGCGAAAACAAACAAAAACAUAAACGUAAACAAAAUAUAGUCUUUACAUAUGUAUUCGUUGUUUUUUUUUUUGUAUAUUCUCUACAAUUGUUUGUUCUUUGUAUUUUUUUUUUUUGUUAGCUAUAUUUGUUAGGUAAAAGUGAGAAAAUUUUCGAUUGCGUCCAAAAUUAGCCUACUACCCCCUAUGUCACGUCGACUCCCAAAAAAUGAAAAAUUGGCUUCCUUGAAACAAAACCAAUCAAUGAACGUCCAGGAUGAGGUGUUUUUUAUAAUAUAUUAACCGCAGAUUCUGCCUUUGAUUUUCCCAAGCGAUUCGCAACCAAAAACAAAAACAAAAACCAACCAAUCCAUCCAUGGCGCACCACUCUGGCACUUACCGAUUAGAUUUGUAUAUAAAAACGAGUGCUAAGGCAAUUACUAUAACCAUACUUCAAGUAUAUAUAGAGUUUACGGCUAAAAACGUACACAUUCGGUUGUAAAAGCGCAAAAGCGAUACAAAUUGAAUCAAGUCCAGCUGAAAGAAACCCUCCCCAAAAUAAAAUUGGAACCCACAUAUAGGUAUCGUGAAUGUAUGAAUAUGUUGUGUGGAGCUGGAAAAUCAUCCUCGCUUACAGAUAAACACAUAUAAGCACGGACGUUUAUCCAGCUCUUAUUGUUGUGUCUUGUCCGAUUUAAUCUGGAGCUUGAAGAAAAUACCCUAAAACAGAUACGUUUUCCCAUUUACUUUUUUUCCUUUUCGUGUGCGAUUUUUUUUUCAGAUCUUAAGAAACUCCACAAUUUAUCACCUUAAAUACGAACUUAAUUCGCAAUUAGAACGGAUUCAAUUUUUCCACUCUCUGUGUGUACAUAUUUAGGAAGCAUUAUGCUAAUAACAGCUAGAAUGACAACCCUCAGCAAAUUAAAAAAAUAAAUAAACAUUUAGUAAUAAUCCACGCAAACAGCUAACAUUUAAUUUCACGAAUUUUUUUGUUUUGUUAAGUCCACAAGAGUAAAUUAAAUACCGCGUCAAAGCGAAGGUGACGAAUAAAAAUUACAACUAUUAGUAAUUUAAAUGUUGUACAUAAAUCCAUGGAAAACUGUCCUAAGAGUAAAGUAUUUUUAAAGCCCAAUCCGAAAGUCAGCAACUAAGCAUCCGAACGGAAAAGAGGAAAAGGAAUUCAAAUCAAAUCAAAUUAAAGGAAACGCAAUGAAGCGAAAGCGGAUAACUUGAACUCGAUGGAAAAGUCGAGGCAGAAAACUCGAACUCCGAGCAGUUACUACAAUUUUUUUUUUGCUCGCACAGCCGUGUGUAUCUUAAUAUGAUAUGGUAUUAAAAGUUUAGCUAUUAACUGAAAGUAUACAGAAAACAUGAAUAUUAACUGCGGACGCCAACAAUUUUUAAUUACGCACUUUUUAUAUAACUUAAUGAAGAUGAGAAAGUUGGAAAAUCGAGACGGUAGUCAUAUUAAACAUAACAUAAAUAUAAAUAAAUUACAUAACGUUUUUAUUAAAAAAAAGAAACAAGAAAAUGGCUGACAAUUUUAAAUUUAUACAAAACGAAAAUUUAACUUCACAAAGAGUAAAGUUAUAAAUGAAGGAAAAAUACAAAAAAAGUAAAAGCAAAAAAUAUGUUAGAAAUUUACUCAUGCACGGGCAAGAUUUAUUUCAUAUAAUUAUUUACACAGGCGGAAGAAGGCAUUUUAAAAUUAGUGCAUAAAGCCGAAAAUCGCAGGCAAAGUUAAAGCUAAAGACAGGCACACACAAAAAAUAACACACACACACAUAUACACAAUCGAAAUAUAUAUAGAUAUACAUGUGUAUAUAUAUUUUGUCAACAUUGUUAAAUAGCAGACUAACAAACAAGAGAGCCAAAAACAACAAUUUAAUCUAUUCAGCAGCAGCAACAAAAGCAAAAGACAGCAAAAUACGAAAUACAAAUUACGAAUAACAAAUUACAAAAUACAUAAAAAGAUAAUGCUACGAAAUAAAUGUUCAUUAAUAUUGCUAAACAAAAACCAUUUAUAUAUAUAGAUAUAUAUAAAAGAAAAAAAUUUUUUUUUGCAAAAUGCGUGUAUUGAAAUUGAUAAAAGCAAGCGAAAAUUUAACACAUUAAAUAAUAAACAAAGGCGGGAAAU